AUGUCUUCCAGCAACAACUCCAACCCUCACCCAAUUCCCAGCAUGGCCGCCCAAAAUGAGCAGAACACGGCUCCCGACAGCUACCAGCUGGCCAUGGCCAAGAAUAACAUCUGGGCCACAAAGCUAGACGAAGAACAGCCAGAUCUCUUCCCAAAGCUCGCCUCAGGACAAUCUCCGGAAAUAUUGUGGAUCGGCUGUGCUGACUCCCGUUGCCCCGAGACCACUGUCCUGGGCCUUCAGCCCGGCGACGUCUUCGUCCAUCGCAACAUUGCCAACGUUGUGCAGUACAACGACAUCUCUGCUGCCACCGUCAUUGAAUUUGCUGUCGUCUACCUCAAGGUCAAGCACAUCAUUCUCUGUGGCCAUACUAGCUGUGGUGGCAUCAACGCUGCUUUGGCCAACAAGAAGCUCGGCCUCCUUGAUACCUGGCUCAUGCCCCUUCGACGACUCCGAGAGCAACAUAUGGACGUCUUGAAGGAUCUUGAGCUCAAGGAAGCUGCCGUCAAGCUCGCCGAGAUCAAUGUCGAAAAUGGACUGCGAGUUCUCCGUGAGAACAGCGCCGUUCUCGACGCCAUUGAGGAACGAGGUCUCAAGCUGCACGGUGUCAUCUACGAUGUUGGCAGCGGAAAACUUAGAGAGCUAGAAAUCACCGAGAGCAUGGAUUCUAUCAGCAGACGAAUUGCUUCUUUCAAGACGGUCAAGAACGAGGAGUGA